AACAAAUAAAAUGUUUACAUUUUUGUUUGUUUUCUAAUAGAUUCAGGAAUUUGAGAGUAUUGUGAGAAAUGCACAUUCUCGGUUGAAGUUUGUUGUGCAAAGUCCAAUGAAACUACUGACUUCGAAAUUAAAACAGAACCCCUCAUUCCAUGUCGAUGAUGAAUAUGUCCAUUUCACAAAAUCUGAUGAACCGUUAAACUUGAGAUCGAAGAUUAACAACGACGUGUUGGAUUUGAAAAUGUGUAGCCUUCCAUUCUUGAAGCUGAUUAUUUUAGGAAAGCUUAGUUCAUCUCUUAUGCUAUCCCUCAUUGGUGGUUCAUCUGAAUCUGAGUUAAAACGGACCAGUGACGUCACAACUUGUGGCUAUGUUGAUGUGAAGCAGUGCAACAACAAUUAUGACUGGGUAAAUACUGAACAUAGUGUGAACUAUUUCUCGGACGUGAUAAGAUCAAGGCAAAAAUUAAACAUGUUAAAUGAACCGUUAAAGUCUCUUCAAGGACGAAACUCACAGUUCCUGCAAAAUGUCCGUCUCAAUAUCAUAUCUGUGAAGGAAGGACAUGUGUCAGACUCAUGUUACCAGUUAAUAUUAUGUAAACAUGCCAUCUACACAAUUCAGUUCAGCGUGGAACAAUUGAUCUCUGACCCUACACCUGUAUUACAAACAAUUCAGAAACAUUUGUGUAAAAUUCGUUGCUAUGCUUCAACGAGUGUGAGAGUUUACCUCAUUGGGACACAGGACAGUGAUUUCUCGUGCAAUGUCUGUGAAAUUGGAAAAGUACUGCACGACCGUUUCUCUGCAACAUACGGAAAAAUGUUGCAAUACAAUGCAAGAACAAAUAUGCCAUGUUUUGUUGUGACAUCAGCUUUGAACAAUCAGCAGAAAGUGAUCCCUCAUGGGAAUUUGAAACUCUCUGGUGAUACAUGUUCAGAGAACAGUUCAUUUGAACCCCAGAAGCAGCAUAAUGAUCAGUUGCACUGUGCUCAAUUGUACAAUGUACAGGAAGUGGUAAAUCAUAUUUCGAAGGUUGCUAUUGGACAAGAAUUUAUAGAAACUUCCUAUCCUUAUCGGUACCUACAACUUCAUAAGCAAGUACAUCAUAUGAGAGUUCGAAGGUCAAAAUGUGUAUCUCCAAUUGACUUAAGUCUAAAUUGCAAUGAUGCGGAACGUUCAUUAACAUACUUACAUGACUCGGGUGAAAUUAUAAAUGCAGGAAAUCUUGUGUUCCCUUUUUCUACAAGUGCAACUCCAAAUUAUCUGAUCAUGAUUGAUCCGCAGCAUUUACUCAAGGCUGCUUGCACUAUUUCAAAUGCUCCCCCAGAAGCUAAGUGCUGUCCGCAGGAUUACAACUCCUGGAGAGACCUCAAGACCCAUGCUCGUGCUGAGAAAAGGUUUUUAGCUGUGCUGGCGGGAGGCAAGUAUGAAGUGGACUUUUUGGAAGUUAUGAGUGUGAUACACUGUCUUCAAAGGUGUGAUUAUCGUGGCGUGGAUAGCGUGAAUAACGGGCAAAAGGAGAUGUACUUAGUGCCGGUUUACCUUCCGGAUUUCUUUCCUGGCCUCGACCCAUAUGUUAAGCGUAAGCUUCAUCAACAGCUCUGUAUAGAUUUCGAAGGAUUUAUUCCUGAUGGAUUGUUCCUGAGAAGUGCUAUGUUUAUUAUUCAGGGAUUAAAGCCAAGCAGAGUGGGUUGGACUAUUAGGUAUCACAACUCAAUUCAUGUCCAAAUACCUGGGAAAUGCGAGUUUGUGAUGGAAUGCGAUGGCCUUAAAGGAAUUAUCACUGUGAAUGCAAUGUGGGACGACCCAUUUAGUCCUCUUAAUCUGCUAAGCUUCCUGACGAAGAUUUUCAAUAAGUUCAAAUCAGCAAUGCGUUCUCGAAAGCUCAAGUUCCUGAUUGGUCCCCCAUGCCCCCUGUCAUGUGAUGAGUGUCGACAAAGGCGUGGCAUCGACUGGAAGACCCAUGUGGUCGAUCUCAGUUUGUAUUCGCAACACAGCGUUCUUAUGUGCGGGCAAGAACGCAUUGAUAAACAUGAACAUGUUUCUCCAUGGGUCCAGAAGAAAAGCUCAAUUUCGAUUCCACAAAUGCCUGAUGACAUGAUGAAAUAUCUAAGUUCAAGAACUCUUGUUCAAGAUUUACCUGCAAAAGUCACUCAAAUCAUCUGUGACAGAUUAAAUGGGCAUGAUCCGUUACAUCGCAACUGGGAAGGACUCGCAGCUUUGCUUGAUUACACAUUCAUAUAUUUGGACAUCAUGAGGAAUGAACCAAACCCAACCAUGGCACUUCUGAGAGACUACAGUAGGCAGCAGAAUGCCACUCUGGGUCAAAUUUUUCAACAUUUUGAGCAACUUGGGAGACGUGAUAUUAUUCGAGUUAUUAAUGACACCUAUGUAAUUGUAGAGUGAUUCUUAUAUAGCUUUAAAUCUAAGGUCACACUAGUGAAAUUUAGUCAACUGGGUUAUUAUGGAAUUGCAAAACCUGUUACACAUAAUACAGUGACCACAGUUGAAUAUUUAUAUGUUGCAACUGAUGCAUCUUGUGAGUUUCAACCAAGUUCAAGAUGUGAUACUGCCAGACAUGUUCCACAUCCUGUUAUCAAAUUUUCUGUGACAAAUUUGUGAUUUACCCAUACGUGGGUAUGAUGAUGUCAUAAAACAACCAUAUAGGGGCAUUUCUCGUAAAACUUGAGUGUAGAUAUUCUAUUUGUUUAUAUGUUUCAUAUAUUCAUCAAAGAGUAUUUAAUACCUCCUUGCAUCCAUAUAUUUGAUUAUAAAAGGGAUGUAAUCUCGCACUGUAUUGAGAAACAAGCCUCAGUAGCCAGAAUAUAGUAGACCGUAGAACCUGAAUUGGGUUUUUGUUUAAUAAAUAGAGUAUAACUAUAAUCUUACUAUUCCUGAAGUUUGAGUUUAAAAUUCCAACUUUAAAAGGCAAAGUUUAGCUAUUGUCAGAUGGGAGUUAGUGAAAAAUGAAUAGACAUCGGCUGAAAAGGGUUUUUCCCCCCUCAAAACUUGAUUUAAAAAAGUUGGUAAGAUGAUAAUUAUUCAAAACAGUUAUAACUUUGCUUUCUGACACCCAAUUGAGUCCAUUUUUAAAUGGACAGUUAAAAAUUUCAUUUUAAAGUAAAUGAUAUGUUCUCUGUCAUCAUAACAACAACUCAUUUUGGCAAGUUUACAGCCCUUUUAUGAUCUCGGGUCACAUACGGUCACAAUUCCUCUAAAACUUUAGAGCAGACAUUCUAUUUUUUUAUGUUUUAUAUAUUUAUUUUAAUGAUACUUAUCAAGGAGUAUUUAAUACCUCCUUGCACAAAUAUUAUAUGGGCAUGAUGUUGUCAUAUCACACCCAUAUAUGGGCAUUUCUCAUAAAACUUAAGUGCAGACAUUCAAUUUUUUUUGUUUUAUAUAUUUAUUUUGAUACUUAUCAAGGAGUAUUUAAUACCUUUUUGCACCCAUAUAAGGGCAUAAUGAUGUCAUGUCACAUCCAUAUAUAGGCAUUUUCUCAAAACUUGAGUGCAGACAUUUUAUGUUUUGAAUAAUUUUAUGGUUUUUAUAUACCAUAUUUGUUAUUGAUAAUCAUUAAUAGAUUUUAAGGUACAAUAUUUUUGUUAAGGCUGAAAAAAACUAACAAAAAUAAUGCUUACUUUCAAAUAAAAAUCACCAUACAAUGGUAAAUUAUUUUUUUUUUUUACCGAUAACAGACACAUUCAUUACUAUAUUUAUUUCAUGAUUCUUAAAAUGGCGGGUAAUCAGUUUGGGGAUGUUUUUUUUGUAGUAAAAAUUCUCUAACCUUAUACUGGUGUGAUAUGUUACUUCUUAGAAGUGUACAGUGUAUAGAAAUGAUCAUUCUUUAAUAUUACUUAUAUGUACAUUAAUAUACAAAUAUGCAGAAAUCUUUCAAAUAAAUUUGAUAAUUGUUCAUUAA